AUGGCUAACAAAGAUUGGUACUUCAUCAUUCCUGAAGGACCACUUUUCUUUCGCAUCACAUCCCUCUUCUUCUCUCUCGAACUUGAUGAGGAUUUAUUAAGUAGUGAGCGUGAACUGAUGCCACUUAAUGAGUUACGAUACAGUGAUGAAGAAGUAAGCGGUUCAUCGGCAUUUUCCACUACAACAACAACUAAUUCAGGCCCAUCAAUCUUCACUUCAACAAACAUAUCAACCGAGGGAAUGAGCAGCAUUGAACCAAUUCCUUGCCUUUCGAUCGGCCCCUAUCAUCAGCGUCCGACACCUAUUCUUACAGAUAGUACUUUUGCCGGCAGUCAUAUAGUCGAUUGCUAUAAGGUGUUGCCAUUGUGGAAGGAUAUCAUUUAUUAUAACCCAGUAAUUUGGAAUCAACUUCCGCUUCGUUGCAUUCUCAUUGAUUUAGACACUGAUCGACAUCCCUACCUCAAUUUUACCCUAAACUCUCCUGUCGUUCAUCAACCUCUUACCCUGCUCUGUGACACAUGUUUCACUUCUCAUAUUUCACCAUAG